AUGGCGGCCCCCGCGGCGCUGGGCGGCCCCGGCUCCCGGCCGGACCCGGUGGAGACGCUGCAGGAGGAGGCGAUUUGCGCCAUCUGCCUCGACUACUUCGCCGACCCGGUGUCCAUCGGCUGCGGCCACAACUUCUGCCGCGGCUGCAUCUCCCGGCUCUGGGCCCGCGGCGGCCCCGAGCCCCCCGCCGGCGGCUCCGAGGGCGGCUCCGAGCUGGAGGAGGAGGAGGACGAGGACGAGCUGGAGGAAGACGAGCUGGACGUGGAGCAGGAGGAGGAGGAGGACGAGGCCGGCGUGGACGAGGAGGAAGAGGACGACAUGUGGGAGGAGGAGGAGGAGGAGGAAGCCGAGCUCUGGGAAGACCCCGCGGAGGACGAGGAGGAGGAGGAGGAGGAAGAGGAGGAAGGAGCCGCCGCCUGGGCGGGGGGCGCACAGGGGGGGCUUUACUUCGGGGACGAGGACUAUGACGAGGACGUGAUGGAGGAGGACGUGGAGGAGGAGGAGGAGGCGGAGGACGAGGAGGAGGACGAGGAGGAGCAGCCGCCCCCCCGGCGCCCCCCGGUUUUCACGUGCCCCCAGUGCCGCAAGACGUUCCUGCAGCGCAGCUUCCGCCCCAACCUGCAGCUGGCCAACAUGGUGCAGAUCAUCCGGCAGCUGCACCCGCGGCCGCAGCGCCCCGCGGGGCCCGGGCCCGGCCCGGGGGUGGCUCCCGGGGGUCCCCCCGAGCUGUGCGAGAAGCACCAGGAGCCGCUGAAGCUUUUCUGCGAGGUGGACGAGGCGGCGAUCUGCGUGGUGUGCCGCGAGGCCCGCGGGCACAAACACCACAGCGUGGUGCCCCUCGAUGAGGUGGUGCAGGACUGCAAGAACAAGCUCCAGAGCCACCUGGAGCCGCUCCGGAAGCAGCUGGACGCGGUGCUGAAGCAGAAAUCCAGCGAAGAAGAGAAAAUCUCGGUGCUGAGGGAGCAGAUGCAGGCGGAGAUGCAGGAGCUGGAGGCGGAUUUCGAGGUGCUGCACCGGUUCCUGGCGGGGGAGCAGGUGCUGCUGCUGCAGCAGCUGCAGGAGCGGCACGAGGCGCUGCUGGCGCGGCAGCGCCGCAACCUGGGAGCGCUGGAGGAGCGGAGCUCGGCGCUGCGCCGCCUCAUCGCCGACGCCGAGGCCGCCGGCAGGCAGGACGGGCUCCAGCUGCUCAAGGACAUCAAAGGAACCUUCAUCAGGUGUGAGAACAUCAAAUUCCAGGAGCCCGAGAUGGUCCCGGUGGAUGUGGGGAAGAAGUUCCGGAAUUGUUUCCUGCAGGAUGUGGUGAUGAGAAAGAUGGAAAAGGUCUUCAGCAAAGUGCCCCAAGCCGACGUGACCCUGGACCCCUCCACGGCCCACCCGCGGCUCAGCCUGUCCCUGGACCGGCGCAGCGUCCGAUUGUCCGAGCGGCGCCAGGAGCCCGCGGGCAGCGCCCGGCGCUCGGACGGCGACCUGUGCGUGCUGGGAGCGCCCGGCUUCAGCGCCGGUCGCCACUACUGGGAGGUGGAGGUGGGCGGCCGGCGCGGCUGGGCCGUGGGGGCCGCCCGUGAGACCACCCGGCACCGGCACAAGGGCGCGUCCGGCUGCUCCUCCCCGGCGCCCAAGCGGGAGAUCUGGGCCGUGGGCACCAGCGGCAAGAAGUACCAGGCGCUGACGGCCACGGAGCAGACGGCGCUGGCGCCCGGCGAGCAGCCGCGGCGCUUCGGGGUCUACCUGGACUACGAGCGGGGCCAGCUGUGCUUCUACAACGCCGAGAGCAUGAGCCACAUCCACACCUUCCACAUCUGCUGCCGCGAGCGCGUCUUCCCCUUCUUCCGCAUCCUGGCCAAGGGCACCCGCAUCAAGAUCUGCACCUGACGGGCCCGGGCUGCCCCCGCGGGCCGAGGGGGUGCUGCCCUCGGCUUCCUGCGCCCCCGAGGUUCCUCCUCCUCCUCCUCCUCCUCCUCCUCCCGCUGCUGCUGCUGCUCCGCCCGCGCCGCGCGGAGCUGGGGCGGCUCAGGAUGGGGAGCGGGUUCGGGAUGGGGCAAGAUUCACCUCGGAACUGGGUUUGGGUAGGAACGGGCGGAAUUCACCUCGGAACUGGGUUUGGUGUUGGGAUGGGGCAGGGUCUGCCCUCUGGGAACUGGUUUUGUGUUGCACGGGGCGAGAUCCACCCCUUUGGAGCCGGUUUGCAUUUGGAUGGGGCAGGAGCCGCCGCCGUCUCUUUUGGAGGUGAUUUUGGAGUUGGGAUGCAUUCCCCUUGGAUCUGGUUCCCUGUUCAGUUCCUGCCGCUGGGAGCUGCUCCCUCCCUCUCCCAGCCGUGUCCCAAUUGAAUUUUGGGCCCUUUCCGGACCACCGGGAGUUUUUCUGCGUUUGGGGCCAAAUCCUUUAAGAUUUGAAACUCACUUUUCCCAAAAUCCGCAUUUCUCAGUGCCUGGAUUUUUUGGGAUUCAGCUGAGCCCCCCCCCCACCCCAGCCCUGAUGUUCCUGUUCUUCCCCUGCUGUUCUCCUGCUCCUCCCCUCCUUUUCCUUGCCAUUUUUGGGGGAAAAUCCUGGAUUUUCCUCUCCCCUCUGGCACUUUACGGGGCUGGGAGGAGCCGCUUCCCCCCCGCAGCUCUGGAGCUCCCCGAGUCGGGGAUAUUUAUUUUUCCCCCUUUUUAUUUCCAGCCAGAUCCUGUCCCACUCGGGAGCUCCCCCCCCACACUCCCCCUCACGUUUCCCUGGAUUUUGGUGGAUUUGGGAAUUUCCUGUUGGCGUUACAGAGCUCGUUCGGGAUAUUUUUGGCUAAAAUGAGAAUUAAAUGGAGAUUUAGUUUUAUGACACGUCAAUAAUAAAGAAUAAAAGAAGUUGUA